AUGGAAGCAGCAGCGUCAGCACGGGCUGAUUGGCAGUGUGUUGCGGUGACACAUGACUCAGAGGCGAAGGAGGAACAGGAGGCGCAGGAGGCGAAGGAGGAACAGGAGGCGAAGGAGGAGCAGGAGGCGAAGGAGGAGCAGGAGGUGCAGGAGGCGCAGGAGGCGCAGGAGGCGCAGGAGGCGCAGGAGGCUGUGGUGGCUCUGGUGGUUCUGGCGGGAUACGGGUGCACCACCCGUCAGCGUCUACUGUAA